CCAUAUUGGGAGCGGCGGGGAGCGGCACCACGGGGCCGCCGUGCGGGGAGCCCGCCCGGCUGCCCGCCCCCAUCUCCUUCCUUGUUAAAUAAACAACCGCGGGCUCUUUGCCCUCUGUGUCCGACCACCAGGGCUCACAGCAAAGACGCCGACCCCGUGUCCCACAGGCCCCCGUGCUGCCAGGCAGGAUCCAUGUGUGGGGACUCGGGGCAGGAUGGAGAGCCUGGGGCUGCCAGCAGUGACCCUUGGGGAUGGCACCACGGCCUACCUGCAGCAGGCUGCCAGAGGUGAAAAGCUGAUUGAAGGGCAAGUCAUUGAACUUGAAGAUGGGACCACAGCUUAUAUCCACCAGGUGACAGUUCAGAAAGAGGCUGUGGCUUUUGAAGAUGGGCAGCCAGUGGUGCUGGAGGAUGGCAGCAUGGCCUUCAUACACAGCACAGCCAAAGAGAGUUACGAGCCUGGCACAUUCCAGGCUGUCCAGCUGGAGGAUGGCUCCACUGCCUACAUCCACCACCCUGUCAUCGUGGCACCUGGCAGCACCAUCCUGCAAGUGCAGAUGGAAGCUGGGCUCCAGGGGUUGCCUGGGAAGGAGGAGGAAGAUGAUGUCCUCGAUGUGGACACCAUUAAUGCAUUGCAGCAGUAUGGCAGGAAGGGCUCUGAUGAGGAAGAGGAGGGAGUGACAGACAGCUGCCAUGUGAAGAGUAAAGACUCCAGCAACAUCUCUUCCCAGGAUCUGCAGGAGGAGGAGGUGCAGAGCCACAGGAAGGGGCAGCAGGUCGGCAGCAGAGCUUUCCGCUGCGGGUACCAAGGCUGUGGCCGCCUCUACACCACUGCCCACCACCUCAAGGUACAUGAACGUGCUCACACGGGUGACCGGCCAUACACAUGUGACUUCCCAAGCUGUGGGAAAGCAUUUGCCACAGGGUAUGGUCUGAAGAGCCACGUGAGAACACACACAGGUGAGAAACCCUACAAGUGUCCAGAAGAUUUGUGCAGCAAAGCCUUCAAAACCUCCGGGGACCUGCAGAAACACAUCCGCACGCACACGGGUGAGCGUCCCUUCAAGUGUCCCUUCGUGGGCUGUGGCCGCUCCUUCACCACGUCCAACAUCCGCAAGGUUCACAUGCGGACGCACACGGGCGAGCGGCCCUACACGUGUGCAGAGCCUGGCUGUGGCAGGGGCUUCACCAGCGCCACCAACUACAAGAACCACAUGAGGAUCCACACAGGAGAGAAGCCAUACCUGUGCACCGUGCCGGGCUGCGGGAAGCGCUUCACCGAGUACUCCAGCCUGUACAAGCACCACGUGGUGCACACGCACUGCAAGCCCUACACGUGCAGCAGCUGCGGCAAGACCUACCGACAGACCUCCACGCUGGCCAUGCACAAACGCAGCAGCCACGGCGAGCUGGAGGCCACCGAGGAGAGCGAGCAGGCCCUGUUCGAGCAGCAGCAGCUGGAGGCUGCUGCAGCUGCUGACAGAGGCUCUCCACUGAAGAGUCAGCAUAUUGCUUUCCUCUCAGAGAUGGAGGAAGAUGAAGAAGAAGAUGCUGUGCCUACACAAAUCUCACUUAUCUCUCAGGAUGGGACAGAGCAGGUCAGUCUGUCUCAGGAGGAGCUGCAGGCCCUGGGCAGUGCCAUCGGCGUGGUGGCACAGAGCAGCGUCCUCGCCGUGCCCGAGGGAGGGGACACUGGGACCAUGGCUGUGGCCAGCACUGAUGGCACCGAGGCACAGGAGGUGACCAUAGUCGCUUCUGGGGCAGUGGUGUCAGAGGAGUCGGACAUUGCCCCGCUCUGCCAUCAGCAGGUGGCAUUGCUGGCCACCUCCCACGGCACCCACAUUGCUGUGCAGCUGGAAGAGCAGCAGAGCCUGGAGGACGCCCUCAGCAUGGCCACAGCAGUCAUCCACUACGAGCCAGUGCCCCCUGCCACAGCCGUGCCUGGGAAGGGGAGCUGAGGCCAGCAGAGCAGCCAGGGCAGGGCAGUGCCAGCCCCAGCCUGUGCAGGGGUGGCAGGGACAGUGUCUGAGCAGUGCCAGCGUGCCCUGUGCCAGCUGGGACACUGACAGGGCACAGGGCUGCUGGGGUGACCCUGUCUGAAGGGCUCUUCCCUCUGGGAGGGAGGGCAGGUACUGGGCUGCUCUGGGCAGCAGCUCUCUCUUUAGGGGCACUUCCUGCCCUCUCCCUCCAGGAGUGGUCCAACUGCUCCCCUUCUUGCUCACCCUUCCAGCUCAGUGGGCAGCACAUGCACAGAAGCAAUAAAGGCCCAUCAGAGCAAGGCCAGGCUGUCCUGAGCUUGGUAUGGAGGGUGAGCAGUUCCUGCCACUGGAGCCAGCACUGGGAUGGUUCCAACAGCAGUUCUCCCAUCUCUUUGUCACACUUCCUUUUCAAGCAGGGCUUCCAUGGCAGAUCCCUUGGCUGUGGAGCAGAGCAGCCAGCACUUGCCAGGAGCUGAGCUAGACCUGGAUGUAAAUGCUGAGU